ACAUUAAUGUUGGUCCAAACACAAGUUAGUACUCAGCCUGACACCGGCCCUCCAUCCCGUCCCAUGAUGCUUUGCUCCUAAAAACAUUCCACCUCCAACAGCAGAGGAGCGGAGAAGUAUCCCAGCAUCCUGGGACGCAGCAGUCCCGCUAAACAAACUUUGUAUUGAGCACAAAAACCCCCCACGUGCAUCUAUAAAACUGUUCUCUCCAUUAUGUGUAAUGUAUUUGGUGCAAAACUAGCAUCACUGCUCAGCGGUAAAUAAAUCCUCGUGUUCUCACAGUGAGACAAAUCCCAGAAAGAAAUGCGUCCCCAACUUCAGCCGCUAAACUUGAUAAAAAUAAAUGAUUUAUUUAGUAAUCUAUUGAUGAGUAAGAGGCUGGUUGUCAAUGGAUGUUUGUGAAUUCAGAACCCGCCUUAAAUAAUCAGCCAUUACAUUUCUAUGGCAACUUGAAUAAAUCAAUACAUUGCCAAGACAACUAAGAAUGAGGCAAAGUUUAGGUGAGCUUUUGAUUUUCUUUCAAUUGUGAGAACAGAAAACCAUGAUGUUUUUCAUAUUUGAUGUAAUUAAAUAAAUAUAAUGUUAAAAUUAUAUUCUGUUUCUUUGGUUAUUCGAAAGCAGCUUGAAGAUGGAUUUGUUAAUCAUGGAUGUAGUUAUCUUGAGUUACAGUGUGCUCUUAUUUUGAAAUAAAGGCAAAUUGAUUAGGUUGUAAGUAGGAUUAAUUAUGUUUAAAUUAGGGCUGCACCUUCUUAGUCCAUUAGGCCGCUAGUGGUCUUAGUCGGCUAAGAUUUCUUUAGUCGAUUUUUUUUUUUUGAGUGUGAAUGGUUUUUGAUGUCUUUAGGUUCAGGUUCAGCUAGCUCCACUUCUACAACAGUAAAAAGCUGCUUUCACAUCCAUGUAUCCGUGUCCUGUGAUCAAUAGAGUUUGAUCUUUUUAAUUUACAGUAAAUUGGUAUAUUCAUGCAGACUAGAUGACAUCCACAAUAUCUACCAGCCAUCUGUUUAUAAUAUUAAUGCACUUUUAUUUUAAACAGCAGUAACACAACUGUGUGUGGGUGUUGUGUAAACAUGUAAACAUGUUCUAGUACAAAUGCAAGUAUAAUCCUGAAAAUGCUAUAUAAUAGUUGCCCUUUAAAAUUGUUCUUCUGAACAGUUUCAGUAUAGGUCCCAAAUGUACUCUGUUACAUCCCACCGCUGCUGGCAGGAAAGAAAAGGGAUGUACAGCAUUUCCUCAACAACUUUUUUCGCAGGUAUUUACAUGAAUUUAGCGGCAGGUAUUUACAUGAAUUUAACAGCAAUCAUUUUAAUUGCUGUUUUGGCUAGCAGAGAAACUUCCUGUCUGUCAGGGUUAUCCUGACUGUUUAGUGCAGAGACAAUCAGUCCCGUCUGUCUGCUGCCACAGAAACUACCUCUGCUGCUGUUACAUUCAUUUGGUUUGACUCAAACUGAUCGUCAAAAUGAAGAUUGCAGCGUUCAACGUCAAGAGACUGGGAUGGACAAAAGUCAACAAAGCCGCCGUGAGGAACAAUCUUAUCAAGAUUGUGUCUCGGUACAGUGUGGUGGUGAUACUGGAGGUGAUGGAUAAGAGCGGUAAAGCCAUGAAUAUGUUCCUUACAGAACUCAACAAGCACGGAACUCACCCAUACCUGAUGGAAUGCAGUGAGUCUCUGGGACGAAGAACCCACAGGGAGAAGUUUGUCUACUUCUACAGAGAGGAUGAGGUGAAGAUGAUCAAGUCCUACCAGUACGAAGAAAAAACGGACGUGCUCGCCAGAGAACCUUACAUUCUGCAGUUCAAGUGCCCAAAUACAGGUGUGUUUGUGCUUACAGUUGUGCAGAAUCUGGUGCUGAUCCCAGUCCAUACUAAACCAGUGGACGCAGAGGCAGAGCUGAACGCUCUGCAUGAUGUGGUCACUGCUGUGAAGAGAAGAUGGAGGAAUUAUAACAUUAUGAUUUUGGGGGACUUUAAUGCAGAUGGACGUUAUCUUUCCGAUGAACAGAAGAGAAGGAUCCGCAUCCGCUCUGCCUACUACUAUUGGCUGAUAGGUGAUGAUGUCGACACCACGACGAGCAACUCUAACGAUCACACCUACGACAGGAUUGUGGUGUAUCAUAAGAUGCUUGAAGCGGUCGUCCCUGAGUCAGCUAGACAUUUCAACUUCCAGAGGGCUUACCGCCUGUCUGAUGCCGACGCGGGAGCCAUCAGCGACCACUACCCUGUGGAGGUGGAGCUUCGGAAGAAUUAACAUCAACAAAGGAGAAAAAUACACAUUUUUACUUGUUUUACUGACACUGUAUCAGUAAUGUAAUACAGGGAUACAGAAAUGUAGUAGAGUAAAACAUACAAUAUUUCCCUCUGAAAUGCACUGGAGUAUACUGUAAGUAAAAUGGAAUUACUCAUGUUA